CUGAAUGUGGCAUAAUUGUUACAUUAUUAAGAAAAAGUUUGUCAGGCUGGGUGAUGCCUGUAAUUGCAGCACUUGGGGAGGCCAACGCAUGAGGAUCACUUGAGGCCAAGGAGGUCAAAACCAGCCUAGACAACAUAGCAAGACACCCCAUCUCUCUAACAACAGAAAAUUUAGCUGGGUAUGGUGGUGCGUGCCUGUGGUCCCUGCUACUUUGGAGUCAGAGAUGUGAAGAUCGCUUCAGGCUACAGUGAGCUGUGAUUGCUCCACUGUACUCCAGUCAUGGCGACAGAGCCAUGAGUUUGUCUCAGAAAGGAAAAUAUAUAUAUAAAAAAGAAAAAGCCUAGAAAUGUCAUAUUCUUAUUUAUUCAUCCCAAAAGAGAGAGCAGUUUUUUCUGAGAGUGUAAAUGGUAACUGAUCACAUUCUUUCCUUGCAUUGUUUUUCAUUUUAAAAUAUUUACAGUCUUCUGUCCAUGUCGUCUCUCGUCAUCUCGUUAUAAAGGGGUGUCUUCGAGAUUAGUGGUGUUUCUGUAUCGCACCUUGGAGAACAGCUGGCAUGAAACCUCUUACCACCAUCGUGCGCCUUGUAGUCCCAAUUAAAGUCCUCUCCAGAGACGCCCAUGCUGUUUAUGAAAGCAGAAAUUUGGUUGUGCUGAAAUGUGCAAUAAUGGUUUUAAGUUCCUCUCUGUAGAUGAUGCUGUAUAAUUCAUUAAUCAUAUGGAAUCAGUAAUGAUUGAAGAUAAUUUUGGCUGAUGUCAUUUAGGAGAUAUUUUUCACUUCAAGUUACAACUUCCUUCAUGCUAGUCAGUUUGAGAUUCAUUUAAACAUGUACCUUGUUUCAUAGCUCAGGUUUUCAUUAGACGUUUCAUAACGUAGGAGUUUGAAAGCAGAUUUGGCAAAAUCUUUCUAACAAAAUGUUUGCUUAAGACGUCAGAAGGAACAACACUCAGAAUUACUGGUAACUGUGGUAGAUUUUAAGGCUGAUGCUAGAAGUCACUGGAACGGUCAGGGCUGCUUUGUGAGGCGGAUGGGAUUUGAACCCUGACCCUCCUGACACGCCAGCUCUGACCCUGGCCCUGGCCUUUCCUCCUCUCCUCUCCACUGGGAUUUGAGUAGGUGCCAGCAUCCACCUCACAGGCCAUCGUGAGAACCCGUGACUAAGGGCUUGUGUUCCUCCUGCAGGUGGCGCCGCAGAUGUGGGGGCUUGACGAUAUAUACACACUGCAGGCUGCCAGUGUCUGUGUAAUCAAAACAAAUGAUUUAGUCAAAGCAAAUGAUUUUUGUCAAAAGGUGGGAUUUGCUUUGCUCCCCUGUGGACCAGGUGCAGUGCUGCUGUCGCUGCAGGUGUGUGGGUCCUCUUGGUGGUCCUCAGGUGGUCAAGGAGUCUCCGAUUCCGAUUCCCAUGGUUUGAUGUCGGGGGACCAUGGACCUCAUGUGUUCAGAGGGGAGAAGUAAAAAGCUUCCCUUGUAAUUCCAGGACUGUCUAUCCCAGGUAUGCCAAACCGCUGGCUUUCACCUGACGCUGUCGUAGGUGAUGCUGUAUGGACAUGAGGACCCAUGUUCUGUAUACCUGUGACAGUUGCUGUCUCCCUCCAGGGCCGUGGCCAAGCCCUCCUGAUUUCGCUGGGUGGCCAGCCUGGGGAUCUGUAAGCCCAGUGACAUCUGUGGUCUCCGUCCCCCUCCCCGUCGGGAUAGGAGGUGACUUCAGGAGGCUGGUGAUGAAUGCCUGAAUGAAGCCGACUUGUUACGGCAGUUCUGUCUAAGGGCCUCCCCGGGUGUUAGAUGUCAGUAAGUGACACCUGUGUGCAGAUCUUAUGUGAUGAGAGAUACAGUGGGGGAACCAAAGCUUGUGGAGUCUGCGGGUUCUGGACUUGGGGAUGUGUGCACCUGUGUACUUGGUGAGGGGUGUGAUAUCUGAAAUGAGUGUGCACGUGUGUCACAUGUUGGCAUGGGUGGUGAGUGUAUUUAGCAGGUGUGUGUGGAGUGAGCAUGUUCAUGCGUGUGUCGUGUCUAUUUGCGGGCGUGUGGAGUGUGUACACGCAUGACAUUUGUGAGUGUAUUUGAGGGUGUGUAUUGAGUGCAUCGAUGCGUUUGUCUGGUAUUCUGUGAAGGGGUGGCAUGUGUGGAGUAAGCAUGCACACGUGUGUGCUGUGUGUGGGGUUUCUGCCUGAUCUUCCUCUGAGUGUGCUCCUGGGCCCUUGUGUCCUGGCAGCUUUACAAUGUGGUGUGUCUUUGAUUCCGGAAGAUUGUGGAACCCGAUUCUGAAGCUGUGACCACAGACUUGCAGCCCUGGAGGACGCUGGCCCAUCAAGCCGGCAUGAGGAUCUCGGUGUUGGCCUCUCCCUGGGCUGGGCUCUGUCCACAGCAGAGCAUGUCUGAUGAUUGUGCUGUGUGGGUCUGUGGCUCCCCAGCCUCGAGUCGGCCCUCGGUUCUGUCCCACCUCUGUUUUUCUUGCUGAGGGGCUGCGGGAAAUGCUGCCUGGGAUGAUGUUUUCACCCCGAGGUUGCUUCUCCAGCUGCUCAGGUGCUGGCUGCCUGAGCCCUGCUGGCGUUCUGGGUAGACGAGGCUGGCGUGGGGACGUCCCUGGGCACCUGCGGGAAGGCAGGUUUAAGAAGUGUCUGAGGUGAGUGCCUUUUUUUUAGGAAGUGGCUUUUUUUUUAGGAGAUGUCAGAGGUGAGUGUGCCCCCGGGGUCUCCUCCCUGGAACUCCAGCCUUCCUGGUGAGACGAGAGUUUCUUCAGAGUGCUCUAAUCGUGCCCUCCUCGUCAGGCAGUUUCACCAACAUGUGCUUUGGGAGGAGUGGAUUCUUCUGGUCAUGGGCGUGGUGCUGACACCACCCGCAUGGUGGCCCCUCCUAUCCCUGAUAAGCUGACCCAGAGAGGGUCCUCAGCUGCAGACUGGACGGUGGCCACCUUGGCACGUGGGGCCACCUGGUGCCUCCGGAAGAACAGCCACUGGCCUUUACCUUAGAUGUUCACAUCCAAACCAGCUCCAGAGUUUGCGAUGAAAACUCCCAGCCCAGUUGAACUCCUUAGUUCAGCUUGGCACAGAACCUUGGAAAACAGCAGUUCUGUUCUGGGUCUUCCUUCAAAAUUGAGUUCCAUUCCAGGGAAGGGAUUGGAGGAGCCAUGAUGUCGGCUGCAGCCUCCUGUGCCUCCCAUUCGAGCUGAGGGCCAUCUCUCUCCUGGGCUUCUCCCUGUCACGUUCCCUGGUGAUGUGCUUUCUUUGCAGAGGUUGGCAACGGCUCGUUCCCUGGACUUCCUUGGGCCCCGUGCUUGACUCCUGUUCAUUGAAUGCCGUUAGGGUCUGGCCAUCGCUGGCUUUGCUCUCCUUUAGCACCUUGUAGAUGUCCACACGUGCUUCCACCCUUGCACCCUGUAUGCAGCAUAGGACUACCCCGGCCAGAAGCUGUGCUUUGCUGCAGGUCCCUUGCUGUAGCAGGGAUGGGACACCCACCCCCUGCCGCCUCUGGCCGCCGACAUCCGCAGAGGCUCAGCUGCCGUUAGGGAUACCAGUCAUGGGAAGACUGGCCUCCAUGCAGAUUCACAGAGCAAGGUGGUUCUCACAGAGAAGUCAGUGGCUUUUGCUUAACUCUGUAGCAAACGCCGUCUUAUCUUUCACCACCAAUUUAUGUUUCUUAACAACACACCCAUGGGGCAAAGUGCUGGUGAUAUUUGAACUGUAGCCUGGGGCUCUCGCUCCCAUGGGACUCCGUGGGGAAUUUUCUAGCAAGAUCGUGUGUGUGCCCUUGCAGGGAGUUGUGUCUGCCGGGCACAUCCCAUUGUGUGGUAAGAAUGGCUGAGGUCACACACUCUGCCUGAUGAGUGCCAUUCACAGCUGCUGUCCACGCAGGGCCACGCUUGGGAUCAGCUGCCUUCUUGUCAGUGCUACUUUGACUAAUUGCCUGAGGCACCGUCAGAGUGACUUGCUAUUUUGAGAAGCUAAUUCAGGCUUCAGAUGCCAUCUAGGUAAUGAGGAGAGAGUUCAGGAAAGCUGUAUCUGAGCUCUAGCAGAGGUGGACUCUUCCAUUCCAGCUGUCACUGCGUUUACACUCAGAGGAGCACACGGUCGGGGGUGUGGCUCAGGUGUCAGGGCUGUGCUGUUCCAUGCACCCACAGAGGCAGCCUUUCACGACCAGAACUUGGACACGCUCAGGCAAAAAUCAGGCUCUUGGGAGAGCUGCUUACCCACAGAAUUCUUUUGUCAUUAAGCGGUUGAUGUCAUUCUUUGAAUGAGUGACAGUAAUUCCCCACCUCAAUGUGGGCUGCAGGGGAGAUUCAGUUGGAAAAAUAACCCAUGAGGCUUUGUGCCUCUGGGAGUCCUGAUGCCCCACCCACAUUUUCCUUCUCAUGCCCGGGAUUGUCUAAGACAAAGGGCAAGUCUUAAAGCCUUACAGCAUCUUAAGUCUUAGAUCGCAAUUAGAGAGAGACCCAGUACAGGUGGAACAGUGAAAUCCUCAGAAUUCUGCACUGGCCCUUCAAGAAGGCAGUUGUGGGCUCUUUGGACCCUUGACAGGUUUCUGUUCUCUGUCCUUCCUAAGCACAAAGAUGGAAAUUCUUCCCAUUGUCUGUUUCUCUCCCCAUCUCAGCUUCUACACAAUGCAAAGUGGCCCUCUAACUAGAGCCCAUGUUCACUUUUGAAUACAUCAACCAAUUAUUUUGGGAGGAAAAGAAUCUGCCAAAGAAAUGAAGUAUAGGUUGGAAUGGUUUAAUCAAGCCUGUGUUUAUUCAACAAAGUGCGCUUUUAAAUUUCAUCUGAAGUACUCCAGUGAAAAUUUCCCAGUAGGUGUUAAACUUUGGUCUAUAGACUCUCAUGUGGCUCCCAGUCUCAAGUCCACACCCCCACUUCAUGCUUUUACUCUUGGCGAGUCCCAUGGAGGCCGGUUAGGGAAUCCUGCAGGAUCAACCCUUGACCAGGACAGAUUGACGGACGGACGGCUGGCUGGCUGGCUGGAGAAUACUUUGCUUAUGUCAUUCAGAGACAAGCAUUUCCUGAGUGCCUGCUGUGGGGGCUCGGCCAGGUCCUGCUGAUGGUGCAGUGGUGUGAAUCCAGCCCACAGUUCCUGCCCUCAUGGAAUUUGCAGCCUAGUGAGGACUGCAAGCCAAAUAACCACAAGGUAACUGUAGGGAGAGACACCGGGGUGAUUUCUAUGAAGAGAGGACAUGGGGUGCCCUGAGAGACCCUGACAGAGGGAACUUUGCCAUCCUAGAAACCAGGUGGUGUUUUUGUGAGGAAAUGACAUUUCCCUCUGGGUCAGAGCUGAGGAAGGUACCUGUGUGUGUCCCGUGGCCGCUGUGACCCUGACCACACACACUUGGGGCUGGAAAAUAAUACUCACUCUCACACAGCUCUGGAGGGCAGGAGCCAUGGGUUGAGGCCAAAGCGUUUGCUCCAGGAGAGUCCCUCGUGGCCCAUUCAGGUGCCCAGAGCUGCAGGCCUUGCACGCCUUGUUCCCUGGGUCCGCCUCCUCACAUAUGGGUGUGCAGUAUCCUGCUCCAGGGCCUUCAGCCUCUGCACCCCUCAUCUACCGAUGCAGGUGGUGGCACUUAGGGCCCACCUGGGUAGUCCUCAGGAUCCACCUUUAUCACCACAUGAGAGAACAUUCUCAGGUUUCAGACAUUAGGACCAGGAUUCCUUUGGGGGCCGCUCUCCCGCCCACCACUGUGCCUGAAUUUGAUGCACACAGCGUCCAGCAUAUCCAGAGGCUCCAGGAGGACCUGGGGUGGCUGGAGCUAGAGUGGGACCUGGUGUCAGAAGUAGGUGGGGCCAGGGAUUCCCGAGAAAGGCUUGACGUGUACUUGAAGUGAGCAAAGGGUUUUGAAUGACUGGAUCGGAUUAACGUUUUUCAUAGAUGGGUCUCCAGUCUGUGUGAACAGAUUGCAGGGUGCCAGGGUGGGAGCUAAGGCCCAGGCAGAGGCUUUGCAGAGUCCAAGGAGAGGGCGCUGCAGCCCGGACUGGUGUGUGGGUGGAAAGGCGGCCGAUGCAUUUCUCUGCUGUUUCUCUCCCCGCUGAGUUUGGUUCCUCGUGGAGGGCGGAUGGCAGACAUUUCACUCUGGGACCUGAUGCCUAUGCAUCUGAAAGACUUCCCCAGGUGACUGGAUCUAAGAACCACCGUCUGCCUUUGAGUAGAGUUUCUACAUACGUAACAUUCACCGAUGGAUGGAACCUGGCCACAGCUCUAAAAUCGCAGGGAGCUUUAGCAGAAGAAAAUAGAAGAUCACAGCUGUCCCCGUGGACUAAGCUGGCAGGUGACAGCCCUCUAACUUCUCAGCUCACACCUAAUGGUGUCUGUGUCUGGUGAAAGCUGCUUCAGCAGGGACAGUCAGAGAGCAGCGUGGAGUGAGCUGGCUUGUGGGGUCAUCUUUUCAGUCUCCUCCUUUGGGGCCUGGGAGAAGGGAGUGGCAGAUGGCCAAGCCCCCACCACAGGUCAUCAAGGUCACCUCCAGGUGGCUGCCGUGGUGGGGUGGGGUGGGGGCAUGUUCACACCCACUCCGAGGGCACAUCCCGGCUGCUGCACACCCUUCACCUCUGCGAUGCUGGGACCGCAUGCUCAGGCACAGUAGGGGGCCUUGCUGCACUCACCCAUCGGGUAGCUCUGGGAUGGUGGGUGCACCCUGGGCUGGAGUGACUGUGACCACAUCAAGCAGUCUGCCAGCGGAACCAAGUGGCGCAUUUUCAUCAUCAAGUCCACGGGCGGCUACUGUGGCUACCUGGCCAACAUGGGGGGCUUGCGGCCGGAGCCGAUGCUGUAUACAUGUUCGAAGAGCCCUUCGGCAUCAGGGAUCUGCAGGGUGGUUUGAUUUUCAAGGGGGCAUGGAGACGGAGGUGCUACAGAAAAUGCCAUGCUUGAUGCCCUUCGCAUCACCCAGGUGCCUCUCCCAAGUGUCAGGUGAUGGCGGACGUGCCUGGUUGAGGACACCUUCUAGUCUCUCCAGUGUGGAGCACCUGACGGAGAAAAUGAAGACCACCAUCCAGAGGGGCCUUGUGCUCAGGCACAAGAUUCCCAAAGAACAGUGGUGGCUCAAGCUGCGGCCCCUCAUGAAGAUCUUGGCCAAGGACAAAGACAGCUACGACAUGUCGCACUCAGGCCAGCUAGAGCACGUGCAGCCCUGGAGCGUCUGACCCAGUCCUGCCUGCAUGUGCCUACAACCUGGACUCACCAUGGACUAUCUGUUUUUGUAACACUUAAGUUAUUUAUCAGCACUUAAUGAAAGUAUUAUUGACAUUAAUACCUAACCAGCAAGCACCUAUCACCACCCAUGUGCCCCACCAGCUCCAGUGCAUGCUGUGUGUGGACUGUG